CGCGCCAAGAGCCGGCAUUGUGGCGCAGCGAAGUGACGUCAGGCCGUUGCAGAACCCGCUGCGGCUCCCUGGCCAGGCUCACUCAAAACCACCUGCUGCUGCGAUGGAGCGACCUGCUGUCUCUGCCCCGCUAGUCCCUCCUUUGCACCACCCCCUCCCACCACGAGCUGCGAGCGAUGUUCCUUGCCUACGAGCACUACUACUGGGUAUAUGCGUGGAUACCCGUCUUCGGCGCGUUCAUCUGGUUUGGAACGCUAUGGGCGAUGUUGAUUACCUGGCUGGCCACGGGGAAGCCGCAAUACGUUACACAGCAAGGAAGCAUCGCGUACAUUUCUGAUGUCGGCGCGAGUUACCUCAAGCCGUUGUUCAUCGUGUGCUGCUGCAUAACAGGCGUGACGUUCUUCCUCACACUGGUGGUUGAGAGGUGGCUGCGGCAUUCUGGAAGGCUGCACCCGAACAUGCGCCGCCGCGAGCGAGUGUUCUCAACGCUGGCCGUCCUUGGCUCGUUCAUCGGUGGCGCGGGGCUCAUCCUCCUCUCCAUCUUCGACACCGGGCGACACCAGAGCCUGCACCGCGUCUUCCUGCUCGUCUUCAUCAUCGGAGUCGGGCUCUCCGCGAUCUUCACCAUCGUCGAGUACCGCUGGAUAAACAAGGAUUACGACGGCCAGCGCAAGCUCCGCAUCGCGUACAUCGCCAAGGGCAUCAUCGCGUCCUUGCUCAUCAUCCUCGCGGUCGUGUUCGCCAUCACGCUCUACACGACCGCGGACGUCGGCGCGGUGAUCGAAUGGGUCAUCGCGUUUGGGUACACGUUCUACCUGCUGACGUUCUAUUACGACCUGCGGAUGUCCCGCGGCAUGCGCAAGGGCGCGUACUUCGACCGCGAGCUGCUUGGCCGGCGCAGCGUCGAGAGCGGAGGGACGGCGGGCACGAUGCGCCAGGUCGGUGGACCAGCGUACGGGAAUGGCAGCGUGGCUGGAAACGGAUAUGCCAAUGGGUACGGAGACGGAAACGGAAACGGAAAUGCCCACUAUGGCGGUCAAGGACCGUACGGUGCACAGAACGCGAGAGGCGCGAACGUAGAGCCUGUGCGCAACACUGGAUAUUGAUAGGGGCAUAGUAACCUCGCAAAGUACUGUCAUGAUGUUCACGAUGCUGAUACAUGUACGAUGAGUUGCCGUGGCAGUGGACUUCGAUACCUUGAAAACGAAUACUGUACUGCUCCGGAAUAAUCAACGCAUUGAAUAGAACAUUUAACUUUGUCUUUAG